AUGGCGGCAAGUAUUCCUAUCUUCGAAACGGAGUAUUCUGAAAUCGGAAAUGUAAGAAGUCUACUGUGGUGCUACUUCUCGGCUUUCAAAGUAUCGUACUAUCCAUAUCGGAAACAUUAUGGGUGCGGAGAAGAAAAUAGUGAGAAGUUUGUUUAUCUCAGAUCAAGCCACGGUAUAUGUCUUGGUGUUAAGGGAUACUUGAAAGUUUCAGUGGAAGUGAUGGGGAUGUGCCUCACCCCUGAUAAACAUGAAGGUUUUAUUGAACACCCUUUUCCACUCAUUACUCAAUUUGUGUACCCAACUUUGUUAUCUAAAGACGUGGAAGAAAUGAGAAGGGAUGUAGACAAGCAAGCAAGGAGGGAGGAAGUAUGGAGAAGGGAUGAAGACGAGCAAACAAGCAAGAGAAAGUAA